AUGGGGGAUUUUAACGAGAUAUUAACAAAUGAUGAGAAGGAAGGAGGUAGACCUAGGGGGGAAAUUUUUAUGAAGAAUUUCAGGAAUGCAUUGGAAGAGGGUGGUUUGUCUGAUCUUGGUUGGAAAGGGGAUAAAUUUACUUGGAGCAAUAGACAUGGGGAUGACUCUUUCACAAAGGAGAGACUGGAUAGAGUGGUGGCAAACAAGAGAUGGAUUGAAACACAGAAGGAAGUCAGUGCAGAGAAUUUAGUAGCAAGAAGCUCGGACCAUAGACUUGUUUUGCUGAGUUUCUCUCAUUUAAACAAGUCUUUUUAUGGGAGUCACAGAGUUUUCAAGUAUGAAGCUUGGUGGGCCUCAGAAAAGGAUUGUAUGAAGGUGGUAGAAGAAGGUUGGCUACAUCCAUAUAGGGGGAGAGGACCAGCUGAGAUCCUAAAAGGGUCAAUAAAAAACUGCUCUGAGGGGUUGAAGAGGUGGAGUAGGGAUAUGAAAAGGAAUCUGAACUUGGAAAUCAAUGCAAAAACUGAGGUAUUAAAGAAUCUGCAGGAAAAUGAAGGAAGUCACAAUGCUAUGGAGAUUAGAGAGGUUCAAAAGGAGUUGGGUGUUUUGUUGGAGAAAGAGGAUUUAAAGUAG